UUGUUCAUUUGCCUCCCCAUCACUCGCCCAGCAAACGCUCCUUCCUCUCUCUUACCCUGGCCUCCUAACUCUAACUAAAAACAAGGGAAGGCUUGAGGUCCCACAUCGACUUUUCUCUUCUUAAGAUAGUGCGCUCGAUGCUUUACUCCUAGUGGAUCCAAACAACACCAUCUGUUGUUGCUCUGGAUCUCUUUUCCCCUAUAAACACUGCCAGAGAUAGCUUCUUUCUGGUUUGAACACCAUUCCUCUGCUUGCUACACUUCCUGGUUUCUUUUUUUUUUUUUUUUCAUUCAGGCCUUUUCUAUACUUUAUCCACUUAUUUCAUCCAAAUUUUGCUUCUUUCUAGUUUCAAAAGCACUCAUUAGUCUAUCUGUUCAACUUUCUACUUUUCACCUCCCAAUUCAGCUGGCUCCUCCACUCCCACUGCUCUUCUGAAGAGCAGUAAUCUUCACUCGUAUCCCAUAAGAAUACCAUCCAUUUGCUCUGCUUUCUUUUGCCUGGUGGCUUUUUGCACUCCAGUGUUUCUUCUUCAGCACUUCCUAGAGGCCAGAAUGGAGAAUGGAACAGGAAGCAAUCAAAGCCUGCUGGUUACUGAGCUGACUCAGCUUCAGGAGCUGGCGAGACAGCUGGAAGUGCAUCUCAAUCAGCCCGGUCCGAACGAAUUCUGCAAAUCUUUAGCAGCAAAGAUGCUGUCUUCGAUCGACAAGUCCAUUUGUAUGGCCAAAAUUAGUGAUUCAGAGGGCCAGCAGCAGCAGCUUGCUGGCACUGAUUCCCCACACUCUGCCACCGAGAGCCCGCACAGUGAGAAUUCCAAUCAAGCCUUCAGGGAUUAUGACCGCAAAGAGAUGUCCAAGAAGAGGAAGACACUGCCCAAGUGGACCAGCCACAUCAAGGUGUGCCCAGGGGAAGGAGUUGAAGGGCCUUUGGACGAUGGCUAUAGCUGGAGGAAAUAUGGGCAGAAAGAAAUACUUGGAGCCAAACAUCCAAGAGGCUACUAUAGGUGCACGCACCGCAACACUCAGGGCUGCCCAGCAACAAAACAGGUGCAGAGAUCCGAUGAGAACCCGCUGGUCUUCGAUGUCACCUACCAUGGGUCUCACACAUGCCUCCAGAGGUCCCAAGCAGUCCCAAGAUCAGCGUCCCGGGAACAAGAGCUGAAACAAAACAAACCUAAUUCCCAGGAGCAUUCUCAGCAGCAGGACCACAACCUGCUUCUAACCUUCCAAAGAGGCCUCAAAGUAAUAACCCAAGGCUUGGACUCGGAAGCUCAGGACCAGAAAUCAUUAUCCUUCUCCUUCCCUUCCACUCCAGUCAGUGCCGUAAAGGCUGAGAACCAUAUCUUUUCCUGCCCUCCAACACUGGAUAGUGGCUUCAUGGGCAGCUUCUCUUCAUCAUUCCUCUCGCAAACAACAUCAGAGUCCAACUAUUUCUCAGUAUCCCCUUGCAGCAUGAGUAACUAUGGUGGGGGGCUCAAUCUUCAGACAGCCGAGUCUGACCUCACCGAAAUAAUGUCGGCUGCAACCUCAGCCACCAAUUCUCCUCUGAUGGACAUGGAUUUCAUGCUUGAACCGCUGGAGUUCGAUCCAAAAUUUCAACUUGAUGUUUCCAGCUUCUUCUCAUAAGGCUCCAAGAGAGAAUAUAUUUGACGUAGGUUAUUAGAUAGGUCUUUAGCCUGAAAUCCUGGCCACCAAAGGACGGAGUGGUAGAAGUAGCUCAGCUUGCAGUAAGUCACCCCCAUCAGGGGCCAAGUGAUUUUAUUUUCUGGCUAAUGUAGCAGAAAUAGAAGGAACUCUUUCUUUCUGUUUCUCUUUCUCGGGUUGUGUACCUGUAACUGUUAUUAUUUUAAUUGAUGAAGAUCAAUAAAGCUCCUUUGAUCAUAAAUUCAGCA